UUCCAUAGAAAUUAAUUGCUUUCUGAUUUAGAAUUCAAUGGCUCGAUUUAUCUUUCUUUUGCUUGCCUUUCUCAUUUUGAUCACUGAUGUUACCAUUAUUAGCAUUUGCAAUGGCAACUCUGUUCACGCUGUCUGCAGUGAGAGUGAGAAAAAAGCCCUUUUGAAAUUCAAGCAAGGUAUCGUGGAUCGCACCAACCGAUUGGCCUCUUGGGUUUCCGAUGGAGAUUGUUGUAGAUGGACGGGAAUUGUCUGCGACAACAUGACUGGUCACGUCAUUGAACUCCACCUCAGAACUACUCCUCCAUGGGAGGUCCAUUACUAUGUGGUGGACGAUUAUGAGGCUGAUGAUGCUUAUGAGAGAUCGAGGCUGGGUGGUAAGAUAAGUCCUUCUCUCCUCCAUUUGAAGCAUUUGAGUUAUUUGGAUCUUAGCAACAAUGAUUUUGGAGGAAUUCACAUUCCCAAGUUUUUUGGUUCUUUGGGGAGUUUACAAUACCUUAACCUUUCCCAUGCAAAAUUUGGAGGGGAGGUUCCACACCAUCUUGGGAAUCUCUCAAAUCUGAAAUAUCUCAAUCUUGGGAAUAAUUAUCAUCAUACCAUGUAUGUUGAGAAUCUCCACUGGUUGUCUAGUCUUUCUUCAUUGGAGUACCUUGAUUUGAGUUAUGUGAACCUUAGCCAAGCCUCCAAUUGGUUUCAUGCAUUAAAUACAUUUCCUUCUUUGGUAGAAUUACACUUGUCAUACUGUCAACUUCCCUAUCAAGUCAAUCCCAUUGCAAGUGUAAAUUUAUCAUCUCUUGCUACCCUUUCUCUUUCUCAGAAUUAUUUCCAAAACUUGUCAAUGAUCAAUUGGGUUUUUGGUCUAAAAAACCUGAUUUCCCUUGAUCUAGGGGAUAAUGAUAUUGAGGGUCCAAUCCCUUAUGGUCUUCGAAAUUUGACUUUGUUGAAUCACCUUGAUCUGUCAAAUUUCAAGUGAGAUAGACAAAAUGAACUUUAUUGUUGAUCUUGACUUAUCCUAUAAUAGUUUUGAAGGUCGAAUCUCAAUUAGAUCAAUAGGAAAUCUUUGCAACUUAAGGUCACUCUCUUUCUCUAGUGUUAAUUUGAGUCUAGACAUAUCAACUAUCUUAGAAGUAUUUUAUGUAUGUGUUUCUAAUAAAUUAGAGUCAUUGUU